GGGGAGCCUCCCCAACCUGACCCACCUGCUGGGCACCCUCAGGGCCUGCACCCCCUCACUGAGGCACGGGGCUGCCCCCACCCUUGUCUCUGGCCCCGCUGACCGGCCUGGCCUGUCACCUGCUGGGCCUCCCCCUCCCUGGUGCCAAACCUCUGGCCUCUGUACCCCCACCCCCACCCCCGCAGGGUUUCUGCCUCGUGCUCUCCCCUCACUCCCCUGGCCCUUCCUGUCCUUGCUGGCUGAACUUCUCUCUGCGCCCCCCAAUUUCUUCUCCUCCCUCUGGGCUUCCUUCCCACGAGUUGGGCUGGGUCAGCCAGAUCCAAGGAGGACUAUGGGGCGCAGAAGGAAAAAAGGGACUGUGACCCCUCAAGAGCAGAACCCAAGCCCAAGACUUAAAAGGAGGCCUAAAUCGAGGAAGAGAAGAAAAAUGAAGAGGAAAAAAAAGAACGCAGAUAUAGAGGAUCUGAAGAAGGAAGUGGUCAUGGAUGAUCACAAAUUAACCUUGGAAGAGCUGAGCAGCAAGUACUCUGUGGACCUGACGAUGGGCCUUAGCCCUGAGAAGGCGCAGGAAAUCUUGAACCGAGAUGGACCCAAUGUGCUUACCCCGCCCCCCACCAGUCCGGAAUGGAUCAAGUUCUGUAAACAACUGUUCGGUGGCUUCUCUAUCUUACUGUGGAUUGGUGCCAUUCUCUGCUUCGUGGCCUAUGGCAUCCAGAUUCAUUUCAAGGAGGAUGUUACCAAAGAUAAUCUGUACUUGGGCAUCGUACUCGCUGUCGUGGUCAUCAUCACCGGCUGCUUCUCCUACUACCAGGAGGCCAAGAGCUCCAAGAUCAUGGAGUCCUUCAAGAACAUGGUGCCUCAGCAAGCUAUGGUGAUUCGAAAUGGAGAGAAGAUACAGAUCAGUGUAGAGAACGUGGUGGUAGGAGACCUGGUGGAGGUGAAGGGCGGAGACCGAAUCCCUGCGGACCUCCGGCUCAUCUCUUCACACGGAUGUAAGGUGGACAACUCCUCCUUGACUGGAGAGUCAGAGCCCCAGUCUCGCUCCCCUGACUUCACCCACGAGGACCCUCUGGAGACUCGUAACAUCUGCUUCUUCUCCACCAACUGCGUGGAAGGAACAGCGCGGGGCAUUGUGAUAGCAACGGGAGACUCCACGGUGAUGGGCCGCAUCGCCUCUCUGACGACGGGCCUGGUGAUGGGCAAGACACCCAUCGCCGCGGAGAUCGAACACUUCAUCCACCUGAUCACGGCACUGGCCAUCUUCCUCGGUGUCUCUUUCUUCGGGCUCUCGCUUGGCCUGGGCUACGGCUGGCUGGAGGCUGUCAUCUUUCUUAUUGGCAUCAUUGUGGCCAAUGUGCCUGAGGGGCUGCUGGCCACUGUCACUGUGUGUCUGACCCUGACCGCCAAGCGCAUGGCACGCAAGAACUGCCUGGUGAAGAAUCUGGAGGCGGUGGAGACGCUGGGCUCCACCUCCACCAUCUGCUCGGACAAGACGGGCACGCUCACCCAGAACCGCAUGACCGUCGCCCACAUGUGGUUCGACAAGACCAUCUACGAGGCGGACACCACCGAGGACCAGUCGGGGAAAACAUUUGCCAAGGGCUCAGCUACUUGGUUCAUCCUGGCCCGAAUCGCUGGCCUCUGCAACCGAGCUGACUUCAAGGCUAACCAGGAGACUGUUCCCAUUGUCAAGCGGGCAACAACAGGGGAUGCUUCCGAGUCAGCCCUCCUCAAGUUCAUCGAGCAGUCAUACAGCUCCGUGAAGGAGAUGAGAGAGAAAAACCCCAAGGUGGCCGAGAUUCCCUUUAAUUCCACCAACAAGUACCAGAUGUCCAUUCACCUCUGGGAGGAGGACUCCCAGACCCACGUACUCAUGAUGAAGGGGGCCCCUGAGAGGAUCCUAGACUUUUGCUCCACUUACCUUCUGAAUGGCAAGGAGUACCCCAUGGAUGAGAAGAUGAAGAGUGACUUCCAGGACGCCUAUCUGGAGCUGGGGGGCCUGGGGGAGCGCGUGCUUGGCUUCUGCUUCUUGAAACUGCCCCCCACUUUCCCCAAGGGAUUCAAGUUUGAUACAGAAGAAAUCAACUUCCCCAUGGAGGACCUUUGUUUUGUGGGGCUCAUAUCCAUGAUUGACCCUCCCCGGGCCGCAGUGCCUGACGCCGUGGGCAAGUGUCGUAGUGCAGGAAUUAAGGUGAUUAUGGUAACAGGGGACCAUCCCAUUACAGCCAAGGCCAUAGCCAAAGGUGUGGGCAUCAUCUCUGAAGGCACCGAAACAGCAGAGGACAUGGCCACCCAGUUCAAGGUCCCCAUCAACAGCAGUAUCAACCCCAGGGGAGCUGAGGCCAUCGUGGUGCACGGCUCAGACCUGAAGGACAUGACAUCGGAGCAGCUGGACGAGAUCCUCAAGAACCACACGGAGAUCGUGUUCGCGCGGACGUCCCCGCAGCAGAAGCUCAUCAUCGUGGAGGGCUGUCAGAGGCUGGGGGCCAUUGUGGCGGUGACGGGGGACGGCGUGAACGACUCCCCCGCGCUGAAGAAGGCUGACAUCGGCAUUGCCAUGGGCAUCUCGGGCUCCGACGUGUCGAAGCAGGCUGCCGACAUGAUCCUGCUGGAUGACAACUUCGCCUCCAUCGUCACGGGCGUGGAGGAGGGCCGCCUCAUCUUUGACAACCUGAAGAAAUCCAUCGCAUACACCCUGACCAGCAACAUCCCCGAAAUCACCCCCUUCCUGCUCUUCAUCAUCCUCAGCAUCCCCCUGCCUCUGGGCACCAUAACCAUCCUCUGCAUCGACCUGGGCACAGACAUGGUCCCGGCCAUCUCCUUGGCUUACGAGUCAGCUGAAAGUGACAUCAUGAAGAGGGUCCCGCGGAACCCAAAGACUGAUAACCUGGUGAACCACCGUCUCAUCAGCAUGGCCUACGGACAGAUUGGGAUGAUCCAGGCUCUGGCUGGAUUCUUCACCUACUUCGUGAUCCUGGCUGAGAAUGGUUUCAGACCUACUGAUCUGCUGGGAAUCCGUAUCAACUGGGAAAACCAAUUCUUCAAUGAUCUGGAGGACAGCUACGGACAGCAGUGGACCUACGAGCAGCGGAAGGUGUUGGAGUACACGUGCCACACAGCCUUCUUCGUCAGCAUCGUGGUCGUGCAGUGGGCCGACCUCAUCAUCUGCAAGACCCGCCGUAACUCGGUCUUCCAGCAGGGCAUGAAAAACAAAAUCCUAAUAUUUGGUAUCAUGGAGGAGACAUUCCUGGCUGCGUUUCUGUCCUACACUCCAGGCAUGGACAUGGCCCUGAGGAUGUACCCACUCAAGGAAAGAAAGCCAACCUGCGCCACCACCCACUCCCAUUGCCCCGCCUGCAGGGGCUGCUGUUAAUGAUGUAGGGUGUGUUCUUCCCACUCAUCUGCUACGAAUUCACACACUCUGCUCACCUUUCUGUCCUUUGCAGUGUUUUACACACUGCUUUGUACACUGUAGGUGCUCCAUUAAUGUUUAAUAAAAGACAUUGGCACUGCCCUUAAAUACAGAUGGGCACGGGUUCGAAUUCCAAUUCUACUGUGCGUUGUGCUGGAUGGUAUGUAGCCAGUCUGAGGCUCAGCUUUACCUGUAGAGUCUCAGUAAUACAUACCUGGCAGAGUAUUGUGAGGAUUACAUGAAGAAAUGAGUAUUAUGCACCGAGCAUGGCUGCUUGGGCCGUGGCGGGAGCUUUGUCCUCAGUAGCUUUGUUCUCUAUUAUUGUUGCCAUUAACGUCAACACGCAAGUCAUAGUAGGUGCAGUUGAGCAUUAACCAUGAUCCCAAACAUUCUAUGCCUUCCCCGACCAUAAAACACAUCACCUACCACUGUAUUUACAUUGUACAUCUUUCUAUCUUCUUUCCCCUGAUCACCUGAGCGCCUGGAGAUCAAGGGCCAUCUUGUCAUCGUUUUUAUUCCCCCAGUACCUGCACGGACACAGAGCAGACACGUGGCAGUUGCUGUUGAGUGAGUGGCUGGCUGGUGUGUGUGACUGCGUGUGCACGUGUGCAGUGAGCCCUGGCCAAUGCCUGCGGUGGCCAAUAUGGCAGCCGUCAUGCUUUCUUCACUCGCUAGAAGGCUCUUGAGGUAUGGCUAGUGAGAGACUGACAAACCGAACCCGCCAUUUUAUCUAGCUGAUGUAGAGUUAAAAACUCAAGUGCUGUCAGAGAUUGUUCUACUCAAUACACCUUUCCUGUUUGGGUUGGGCUACAUUUUGAAAAUCGUCAGAUGACGAGCGAUGUGCUGUCAGUGUAAAGUGCUCCUGGUACCCCAAAGACUUAGGAUAAAAAAGAAGAAAAAUAGCUCCUUAAUAAUGUUUAUGUUGGUUCCAUGUUGAAAUGAUGAUACUUUGGAUAUACUGGGUGAAAUAAAACCUACCGUUAGAAUUACUUGUCCUCGUUUCUUUUUACUUAUUUUCCUGUGGCUACUGGAAAACAUGACCUCUCAAGGUGGCUCGCAGUAUAUUUCUAUGAGACGGCACUGGUCGAGGCCACCUACCUGUCACCCAAGGGAACAAACGUGGUUCUGAUCUGACUACUCCCCAGAGUCUCUCUCCCUGGCCUCUCAUUACAGAAGAGGGUCAACAGGCAGAAAAGCUUUCCCAUGUUUGCGAUAUGGACACGUAUAUCCAUCCCUUGGUGAAAUACCCCCACAGGUCUAGUCUCAGGCAGGCCCAUCCUGCUCGGACAACCUGCCCUGUGUGGGUGCAAGGCUCAGACUGCCUGCGAGGCGACAGGGAUCUUCCUGAGGGACCCACAGAAGCCAGGGGCAUGCACGUUAGAGCGUGCACCUCUAACAUGGCAUGUAUCGUGUUGCGUUAUCAGUGGCUUCUUGUGUUUCUGUCUCCUCCC